CUCACGCUCCCCUUUCACCUCGCGGCUCGUGGCUACCGUAGAAGUCGGACCUGUCGCUGGGGGAGCAGGGCGGUGACGGUGGUGGUGGAGGCCGGCUGGGCCUCUCCUGGGAGCAGGGAGGGAUGGGGUGCGAGGGCGCCGGGCAGAGGGCGUCCGUGUAGCCCGCGCAGCGCCUGGCCUGGAGCGCGGCGGCGGCGGCGGUUGCGCGGAGGCCUGUGAGUCCGCCGCCCCCAGCGCCUGGCCUCCCGCGCCAUGGCCCCCAUGGGCAUCCGCUUGUCCCCCCUGGGGGUGGCCGUGUUCUGCCUGCUGGGGCUCGGCGUGCUCUACCACCUCUACUCCGGCUUCCUGGCCGGCCGCUUCAGCCUCUUCGGCCUGGGCGGCGAGCCGGGCGGCGGCGCGGUGGGGCCCGUGGCUGCGGCGGACGGGGGCGCCGUGGACCUGCGCGAGAUGCUGGCCGUGUCGGUGCUGGCGGCCAUCCGCGGCGGCGGUGAGGUGAGGCGCGUCCGCGAGAGCAACGUCCUCCACGAGAAGACCAAGGGCAAGACGCGUGAGGGAGCGGACGACAAGAUGACCCGCGGCGACGUGCUGUCCAACCGAAAGAUGUUCUACCUGCUCAAGACGGCCUUCCCCAGCGUCCAGAUAAAUACUGAAGAACAUGUGGAUACAACUGAUAAGGAGGUUAUAUUAUGGGAUCAUAAGAUUCCUGAGGAUAUCAUGAAGGAAAUAACUGCCCCUAAAGAGGUCCCAGCAGAGAGUGUUACUGUCUGGAUUGAUCCACUUGAUGCUACACAGGAAUAUACAGAGGAUCUUCGACAGUAUGUUACAACUAUGGUGUGUGUGGCUGUAAAUGGUAAACCUGUGCUAGGAGUUAUACAUAAGCCAUUUUCUGAAUACACAGCUUGGGCAAUGGUAGAUGGUGGUUCAAAUGUGAAACCCCGCUCUUCUUACAAUGAGAAGACUCCAAGGAUCAUUGUAUCUCGCUCCCAUUCAGGGAUGGUCAAACAGGUUGCUCUUCAGACCUUUGGAAACCAGACUACAAUCAUCGCUGCUGGUGGUGCUGGUUAUAAAGUUUUAGCACUCUUAGAUGUACUUGAUAAGAGCCAAGAAAAAGCCGAUCUGUAUAUCCAUGUGACAUACAUUAAAAAGUGGGAUAUAUGUGCUGGAAAUGCCAUCCUAAAAGCCCUCGGGGGACAUAUGACCACCCUGAGUGGUGAAGAAAUCAGUUACACCGGAUCAGAUGGCAUUGAAGGUGGACUUCUUGCUAGCAUCAGAAUGAAUCACCAGGCUCUGGUCAGAAAACUCCCAGAUCUAGAAAAGACAGGACAUAAAUAAGAAUAAUUGAUUAUAGGGUGCCACUUCCAGAGCUGAAAGGGUUAGCCUGAAAUGCUGGAAGCUUCAAAGGAUUGGUGGAGACAAUGGUCACAGCCAUCUCAAACUUCUUAAAGUAUUUAUGAAGCAUCGGAGACAUUAUUUUCCCUCUAAUAGGAUGCAAGAUCAGGGAAAGUGGGUUGCUUCAUGUCUCAAGUAUUGUCUUUAUUUUUGAGACUAUUUUCAUACAGUUGUCAUAUGCAAGGCGCAUAUAUAUAUAUUUGUGAAUUAAAAUCUAUAGCUGAGUCUACAUUGUUAUAUGAGUCACCAUUUUCACACAUCAUGAAUCUUCACUACUAAUAGUUUCAUAUAGAACUGAGUUGAAGGAAGGAUUGACUUUGUGUAAAUGUUUAAUUUAAUUUUACAGUUAUAUCUCAUUGAAAAUAAAGUAAUUGGGGGUUUUUACUCCUAAUUCAGAUAGAAAGCACAAGAAGCCACACAUUCAUUAAUAUGUAAUAAAAGCUGUAUUCAUGUUACUGAAUAUUUCUAUGGAUUAAACUAGAAAAAGUUUAAGUUGAUUUUUUCCCUUGAAAUUUUAAUAACAGGUUCACCAGCUAGUACAAAAUAUAGACAAAUGAUAGUUUCAUUGUAUUUGUAAUGUUCCCUGUGUGUGUUUUGUUUUUAUAAAGAAAAGUAUUUGUACUCAUAGGUUCUACAUUUCUGUCAUGUUGCUGUUGAUUUUCAUUUUACGUGUGGAAGAUGCAUGGUGCCAUCUUUUCCCUCCUGACCAGCAUUUAAUCUGUAACUCGUGUGGUCUGGUUCUAGGUUUCUGGGUUAGUAGUUAUGGUUUUGGUACAUUUUCUCAUUAGGGAUAUAAUAUGCUGUAAGGCACUGUAAGACUAGACAUGACUCUAAUUGAAAAUUGCUUGACACAA